CUAGAUCUAGGCAAUUGAAGCAAACAGUUUUAAUGUAUCGCAGACUCUUGCUGUACUAUAAACGCUAUCUUAGAUUUUUUUCACACGGAAAGUGACGAAUAAUAGUCAGUAAAGUGGUAAAAUAAAAACAAUUUAUUGAAACCUUAUGUGUUUUAUAUGCAAGCCGUUUUAGAAGAGGUGUAAUCGUACCUGAAUUCCAAUAAGACUACAAGGACCAUGAGCACCGGAAGUGUAGGGGUUAGAGGGGGGCGGGGCGACGGAAGCGGAAACUCAUGGAAGAACGGAAGGCAGCUGGUGGAGAAGAGAAAAAACGUAUACAAUGAAAACUCAAUUAAGUUAAGGAAUUGCCUAUCGCUUGCCCAGUUCCUUCACUGGAGAAACUACGCUUAAAAUUCAACUUGCAGCGGCGUCCAGGGUUAAAGUCUUACAUGGGAGAGCCCGUGAUAGAUUGCCAAAGCGAAGAAUAACGGAAAGUCGAGUUUGUUUAUGUGUUAUUCGGUUGCAGCUACCGAUGUUAGUUGCUGAGGUGUAAAUGGUGAAUCGCCGCACGUUUUACAAUUUGUCAAAAUAGCUAUGCGGGGCUGCACGUCGUGACAAGGUGGACAUAUGUGUGCGAGAGUGACAGGUCAGAGCGUAGCUUUACGUUGCGGUUGGUGAGCGACGUUUGUGUGAAAUCGUCACAGUAUGAUGAUCUGGGGUUUAUUUUGAAUUGUGGGUGUGUUAACGAUUGCUUCUAAAAAAAACCCCACUUAAAGCUACAUUUGAAAUAUCUUGUGGAACAACAUGUCUCUGCCGUGGUAGCUUCACGUUACCGUGAAACAAAGCAUGACCGUGGUGAGGCCGAGCGUUUCGAGCUUGUGUCUGUGUGCACCGCAGCCCUGAAUGGCGAGGAAGAGAAAUAGCUGUUUAAAGGAAUGAGCUGAGGCCUUACAGUCACCGAGAAGAGAGCACAGAAGCGAGAAGCUGGCCAUAAAAUGCCCAGAAGGAAACAGUCUAACCCACAGCCUGUGAAAUUGGAUUCUGAAGAUGGAUUAGGAGUGGAUAAUCCUGGGAGCCUUGUCUUGGAGAGUGACUUCCUCCUGGGCCAGGAUCUGGAGUUCGGAGACAGCGACGACAAGAUCAUAGGAUUUGAGAGAGACUCAGAAGAUUCGGUGGCGGCUGAGAUCGUCAUCCCCGUCUACGCGUUGAGCGAUGACGACUGCUCCAGCUACAACCGGCUCAGCAUGGAGAGCGACGCAGAGGACCCCCGGGACACGGAGAGCGAAAGGGAGGAGAGCCAUGACCACACACUACAGCACUACCUCUCCUGCAGACAGUGCGGCCAGCUGCUGGACAGCUCCCUGGGGGGUCUGGACCUCGCCACCCCCUACUGCCUGAAGUGUGGCGAUUCGGGAGAAGGGGGCGGCGGGGAGGAAGACGAGACAACCAGCGUCUCCGCCCCCGACUCCAAGGAGAACGGCGGCUCCAACGGCAGCGUGCGGAAGGUCUACUCGUGCAAGCUGUGCAGCUUCUCGUCGCGCUACUCCAACCACCUAAAGCGGCACAUGAAGACGCACAACGGGGAGAAGCCAUUUAAGUGCCCGCACUGCACCUACGCCUCAGCCCAGCUAGUCAACCUGCAGAGGCACGUUCGCACGCACACCGGUGAGAAGCCCUUCAAAUGCGAGUACUGUGCAUUCGCCUGCAACUCGCUGGGCAACCUUAAGAGGCAUGAGCGCAUGCACACCCAGGACAAGCCCAACAAGUGCAACCUGUGUGACUACAGGGCCAACAACAGCCGCAAUCUCAAAAGACACAUGAUGGGCCAUGAGACCGAGGAACCCCCUGGGGCAGCUGAAGACGCAGUGGUCUCGGACCUGACGCUCCAUGUCAGCAACAGCACUGACUUCCUUCAGAGCUACACCAGCCUGAAGCCAGAGAUGGACCCUCGCAGCCUGCUGGACACCGAUGGUGUGGCGGAGGAGUCGGACACCCUCCCCGAGCUCCUCUUCCCCUUCACCUGCCGACUCUGUGGCUUGGUUUUAGACGACGGCUUCAUGCACGAAGACGGCUCGUCCAGCCAGAUCUGCAGCAAGUGCGGGCUGGAAAUGCUGUCCAAGGAGGCUCCCAGCAGCCCAGAGAAAUCUGACAAAGUGUACUCCUGCGCCCUGUGCCCUUUCAUCACGCACUACCCCAACCACCUGGCCCGACACAUGAAGACUCACAGCGGCGAGAAGCCUUACAAGUGUCCGCAGUGCGACUAUGCCUCUGCGCACUUUGACAACCUAAAACGGCAUCAGCGGGUGCACACAGGAGAGAAGCCCUACAAGUGUCACCUGUGUGACUACGCCUGCGGCAACCUGGCCAACUUGAAGCGCCACGAGCGCAUUCACUCAGGUGCCAAGCCCUUCAAGUGCAGCGUCUGCAACUACAGCUGCAACCAGAGCAUGAACCUCAAGAGGCACAUGCUGCGGCACACUGGGGAGAAGCCCUUCAAGUGCCAGGAGUGCCCCUAUACCACCGGCCACUGGGACAACUACAAGCGCCACCAAAAGAAACACGGCCACUCCACCGAGGGCUGGACUAAAGUGCAACAGCCGGGAAGUGCAGUAUCAUAGUUGAAAAAAAAAAAUCUCGAGUGUCCUGGGGAAACAGACGACAGUAAUUAAAAAAAACAUUUAACGGAAUCAGUUUCAACAUGGGUUUGAAUAAAAAUGUCAAAAAAAAGGUUCCUGGAAUUUUGUUUUUUUUUGUACAAUAUGGUUCCAGAUUGGUAGGGCGGAAGAGCUGUUGGCUGAUAGGGUCAGUAGUGAGUGCAUGUGUUUCAGAGCAGCACAGGAUGAUGCAUGCAGUUACAAGCCUGGAUCUUAGACCAGAUGGCCAUGUGGGAAAACUGUCUGAAAAUCUGAAGGAGAAUUAACAUUUGUAAGGCCAAGAUGGUAGGGUUUGAUUGCUCUGUUCAUCUCACUCAUGUCAGUUGGAAAGAGUCGUGCACUGACUUAAAGAUCAUCCUCUUGGUCAUGUUAAGGCAACUUCAAUGGGGUAUCUUUAAAGACCGUAAUGCAGGAUGUCUGUAAUUAAAAAAAAAAUCUUAUUAGUUUGUGUUAACUGUGAAUUGGGCAUUUUCUUUAACAAAAAUGUGUAAUAAACAUGGAUGAUUCAGACUGAUAGUAAAGCAUUUAUUUUUUAAAGUGAUUGUAUGAUACAAUUAUUUGUUUUAUAUUGAUUGUUAUUUGGCAGAAGAAGAACAUGUGAUGCAUACUGGUAUAUUUUCUUAGUAAAUUAAACAUGAUUUCCUUUGAGAAGGCAAAACAUUUAAAGGGACAUUUACAUUAAAGGUCAUUUGUUUAAUCUGUUUGUUAUGUCAAGCUGAUUCAACAAAUGUGAAGUGAAAUUUUUUUAUUUAACUUUUAAAGAUUUUUUAAAAAGGAAAGAGUCAUUCUUAAAUAACAGUUUUAACAUGUAUCCCAGCUUUGGAUUUAUGUUGUCGUUAACAUUUUCAUCAGAUACGAAUAUGCAUUGUUUGUGCAUCUGUAACUGCCUUAAUGAUUAUGAAAUAAACAAGAGUAAGCUUUCUGAUUAGUUUCCAUAAUCCGCUUUACAAGAAACCCUGGCUCUUGCAAAUGCAGGCAUAAGACUUACCAAAGCAUGUUCUUUUUGAGGUUUGUAGAUUGUAUAUGUAUAUAAAUAAGUACUUAACAGCAUUCCAAACUGCGGUGCUAUCUGGACAAAAAAAUCCAUCUUAAAAUAUAAUGGGAAGGUUUAAAUAUCAAAAUAACAAUUUGAACAACUGAAUGUUAUCAGAUCUUCAUGUAGGUCCUGGUGAUACUGUAUAUAAAGGUAGCCUGGGAGAACAAAUAAUGCCAAAGUCUGGUGCUUGUUGAAUUUAUUACAUAAAAUCAUCCAACAUCCAAAGUGAUAAUAUACAGAAAAUGUGAUAGGGGGCAAAUACUUUUUCACAGGACUGAAUCUAUUGGAAAAUUAAGCCUUGUUCACUGGCCUGGUUAGCUGUUCUUAUCCUUCCUGUGUUAGUAUUUUGUGAUUCCCAAAGUGACCUAAAAAUGCAAACUGUUUUUAUUCCCUAA